AUGUCUGACGAAGAAGAAGUUGUUGCUUCCUCAACUCUGUAUAAGGAUCAGGAGGAAUGGAAAGACAUUACCCCUAUAUAUCCAGCAGCAGAAGAGCUCGUCGUUGUUAAGAUAGCUGUUUCAGAGCAAUUCAGAGAUGCUUUUGCAUAUUUCCGUGCUAUUCUACAGAAAAAUGAAAAAAGUGCCAGAGCUUUCCGUUUGACCGAAGAUUGUAUUCAACUCAACCCCGCUAAUUAUACUCUCUGGCAGUACAGAAGAGAGAUAAUAAAAGAGUUGAAGUUGGAUUUGGCUGCUGAAAUGAAAUACUUGAAUGAUAUCAUCUCUGAGAAUCCUAAGAACUAUCAAGUUUGGCACCACAGAAGAAUCAUCGCUGAAUGGGUUGGAUCGUCAAUCGUUCCUUCUGAAUUGCAGUUCACUUAUAAUAUUCUUGAUGAAGAAUCGAAAAACUAUCAUGCUUGGCAACAUAGACAAUGGGUAGUGAAAACAUGGCCUGAUCGCACUACUUUGGACAAGGAGCUUUCUUAUACGUUUGAGUUGUUGAUUGUUGAUCCUCGAAAUAAUUCUGCUUGGAAUUACCGUUACUUUGUUUUACGUUUGUAUGAUGCCUUGAAAGAAGCUAAGUAUAUAGAUAUGGAGUUCAGUCUUGCCAAAAAGUUGAUUGAAGGUGUCCCCAAUAACGAGAGUGCUUGGAAUUACAUUGCCGGGUUACUCCUCGAGAACGGUUUGACUUCCAACGAAGGAGUUACAACAUUUGUUGAAGAUUUGUACGAGAGAACAGAGAGAUCGUCUCGUUCACCUCAUCUUAUUUCAUUCCUCUGUGACAUUCUAUUGGAGAAGCUCGAGAACAAAGUAACUCCAGUUGAAACUUGUGGAAGGAUAAAAGAGCUGUACAACGAGCUGUUGGAAAUAGAUCCUGUCCGAUGUAACUAUUGGACUCACCAGCAGAAACAUGCCGAGAACCUUUUGCAGAAAUCCCUGUAA